AUUUGACAGAUGACAUUAAGUAAAUACGUAAGUCGUAAGUACGUAUUAAUAUUUUACCUUUUAGUUCAUAGAUUCAUAUUCACUACGUCUUAGAAGUUUGUUCUAUGUACUUUUUUAUUUAAGUGCGUCUGAUGUGUAUGUUUAUAAGUUAACGUUAAUGGAGGAAAUUACGGAAUCUGGUUGUUAACCAAUAAACAUCGAAACAACCUACAGCAUCCAAUAUUUUUUGAGUAGCUUAAAAGAUACAAAAAAAUGAGUGGUAGACCUUAAACAGUUGUAGCGAUAUGUAAAGUGUAUUAAAAGUCGUAAUGAGGGCGCGCCGUGAGACGCUGGUGAUAGGGGCGCUGUGCGCGGCGUGGUACGCUCUGAGCUCAGCCAGUAAUGUAGUUGGCAAGCUCGUGCUCACCGAGUUUCCGUUCCCGCUAACGGUGGCUUUGGUGCAGCUGGCGGCGACUGCGGCGUGUAGCGUACCCGCGCUAGCACUUUGCGGCGCCCCACCGCUGCCGUCUGCCUGCCGACUGCGCGCGCUUGUACCUCUAGCGCUUGCCAAGUUUCUAACUACAGUCUUCUCACAAGUAUCCAUAUGGAAAGUGCCAGUCUCCUAUGCUCACACUGUGAAAGCGACAACGCCACUCUGGACGGCGGCACUGGCGUGGGUCAUAUUCGGGGAGCGGCAGUCGCGGAGCGUUCAGACGGCGCUGGUGGUGAUUGCCGCCGGCGUGGCGCUGGCUUCCGCCACGGAGUUGCACUUCCAGACCGCCGGCCUCGCAGCUGCCCUAGCCGCCGCCGCGCUGCUUAGUCUACAGCAUCUGCUGACAAAGCGCGUCAUGCAAGGAUCGCGAGCGCACCCGCUCCGCCUUUUGCAGGCACUUAGCGCACUCGCUAUGUUGGCGCUGGCGCCAAUGUGGGCCCUGAGCGAGGGUGGCGAAGUGGCUUCGUGGCGCCGAACAGGCGCAACCUCGAGCGCGCGCGCGGGAGCGCUCCUGGCGGCGGAUGGCGUGUUGGCGUGGCUGCAGGCCGUUGCGGCCUUCAGCGUUCUCGCGCGCGUCACACCAUUAGCCUACGCCGUGGCGUCGGCCGCGAAACGCGCCGUGGUCGUUCUGGCGUCGCUGGCGGUGCUCCGCAACCCGGCGCCUCCGCUGAACGUGGCGGGCAUGACUCUGGCCGUGCUGGGCGUCCUGCUCUACAACCGCGCCAAGUUGAGCCGAUCGCCCGCGCCGCUGCUGCCCGUCUAGAUCAUUUCUCGGUACCGUCAAUGAACUGACAUUCUCCACUACCUUAGUGAUAAUAAAAUAAAUAUAUAUUUUUACGUUCAUAGUAAAUAUAUGUUAUGUUUUUGAA